ACAUAACUUAGUAUUUACUUACUUCAUAAGUCAAGCGAGCAGGUGCUAGACAGGACCUAGCCGGGUAGCCCUACGAGUAGAUCUACGACUCCUACUCUGGGGCAUGGGGUUACUACUGUAGCAGUUGAUCAGGCAGCUAGAUAAGAUAGCGACCACGGGACACAGCGCCACAUAUCGACAAUCGUCGACUUCGACCACCGUGGAUUGGCCUGCCCUUGCCAUUUCUCGACUCACUACCGGUACUUGUACGCAGCUUUGCACUUUUCCACUCCAUGAUCCAGUGGAGUAUUUUGAACAAACGGAACAGGGCAGUGGAAUAUCUGUUUGGAUUGGCAAGAGCCUUGUGCUUGCCUCAGUCGCCGCCAAGUGCCACCAGAACUUUCGUCAUGAGUUCCGGUGGAAAAAUAAACAAUGAACGCGACAUGUCUGAGGUCAACGACUGGCAAGCGUGGCGCAGUGCGGAUGCAGUGUGCUUUGACGUCGACAGCACUGUCAUCCGUGAAGAAGGCCUGGACGGACUAGCGGAGUACUUGCAGAAAGGAGAGGACGUCCGGACAAUAACUAUGCAAGCAAUGGGUGGGAAAUUAUCGUUUAGGGAGGCGCUGGCAAAGCGCUUAGAAAUCAUUCAACCAACACUAUCGCAGAUGGAAGAGUUCAGCAGCAAGCGAGCGUUCUCACUGACACCCGGUGUCCAGGAAUUAAUCACCAAGUUGCAAACCAAGCAAGUUCCCGUCUACCUGAUAUCUGGCGGCUUUCUGCGCUUGAUCCUGCCGGUUGCUAAGUCAUUGGGCAUUCCAGAAUCGAAUGUCUUCUGCAACAAGGUGAUAUUUGAUGAUGAAGGGCGCUAUGCGAACUUUGAUCCUUCCGCCUAUACUGCAGACACUGGUGGCAAGGGGCGAGUUAUUGCUGACCUCAUUGAACAGAACUCGUAUAAGAAUGUGGCUAUGAUUGGAGAUGGUGCAACAGACAUGGAAGCGAGUCCACCCGCGCACAUGUUCAUUGGAUUUGGCGGCAAUGUGUGUCGACCUGCCGUGCGAGAAGCGGCCAAGUUGUUCGUGAUGAGCUUUGAUGUCCUUUCGGAGGCAUUGGGUUGACAAAGGUAAUGCUUGAACUGUUCCAGUGCAACGAUCUGGUCUUCAAUUUCUCACGACGAUUAGUUAUUCCUAGACAAAGUGUUUAUGUCUUGACCAACACUGGAUUCUUCAACAGUACACUUGAGAGCAGAAUGGCCAGAGCCUGUGUGAGAUUGCCACCUAUGGUUUAGACUUGUUUUGCCGUCCCAACACACACACACACCUUUAUAGGGUACGUCGUUGUCUUGAUAUCAUCUGUGCACUAUUGUUGGUCGUUUCAAGCCAGCGAGGUGCAUCCGUACACUGCACUCGGGUGUAUUCGACAUUUCGUCCUUGAAGGACAGAUCGGGUUUUUUCCUUUAUCCUUAAAUCCUUUUUUUCUUUCUUUCGGUUUUGUGACGUUUUAUGUCGCAGAGUUCUAGAUUUUGUUGUUUUCAUCAAGUGUGAGAGAAGGUAUGACUGAUGGUUAUGACUGGGGUGCACCCAGGGCCUACAGUGCAGGUUGA